UGGUGCGUAAAGCUAGUGAGGGAGAUAAGUGUUUCCAGUUUCAGAUUUUUGUAGUUCGUUCCAGUCAUUGGCAGCAGAGAACUGGAAGGAGAGGCAGCCAAAGGAAGAAUUGGUUUUGGGGGUGACCAGAGAGAUAUACCUGCUGGAGCGUGUGCUACAUGUGGGUGCUGCUAUGGUGACCAGCGAGCUGAGAUAAGGGGGACUUUUCGUUUUGUGACGAGAAUGAAGCGAGGGCCAGUCAACGAGAGCGUACAGGUUGCAGUGGUGGGUAGUAUAUGGGGCUUUGGUGACAAAACGGAUGGCACUGAUAGACUGCAUUCAAUUGAUUGAGUAGGGUAUUGCAGGCUAUUUUGUAAAUGACAUCGUCGAAGUUGAGGAUUGGUAGGAUGGUCAGUUUUACAAGGGUAUGUUUGGCAGCAUGAGUGAAGCAUGCUUUGUUGCGAAAUAGGAAGCCAAUUCUAGAUUUAACUUUUGGAUUGGAGAUGUUUGAUGUGAGUCUGGAAGGAGAGUUUACAGUCUAACCAGACACCUAGGUAUUUGUAGUUGUCCAUAUAUUCUAAGUCAGAACCGUCCAGAGUAGUGAUGUUGGACGGGCCUGCAAGUGCAGAUAUAGUGAUCGGUUUCAACCUCAUAGUUUGGAGAUCUACAUAAAACACAGGUGAUCACGUUUAACUUCUGUUGUGACGGUUUUAUUAAGGCUUGAUACACUACUCUCUCACUAAUCUGAACACCACCGACCAGCCAAUCAAAAUAAUAUUCGCCUAUUCGCAGCUCAGACCUGUAGACUGUUUAAUGAUAAACUAUUGUAGCCGAAUUAAUUGAACCAAAUUUUUAUUUUGGGACAGGUCGUCCUUAUUAUAUGAACAAGGUGUUUUCCAAUAGGCCUUUUUUUUUAAUGCAAAACAUACCUAAAUAAUUUGCGUGAAUGGUGUGUGAUUACCGGGAAGAUAGCGCACCGCAUAAACACAGCAGCACCAGCUCUAGCAGAGCUCUUCAGCUUGGAACUCUCGCGAGGGGAAAAUGACUUCACAGGAGAGGGAGAAAGAUGAGGUCUGAAACGGACCAAAUGACCGGGGGCAGGGAGGAAAGUGUCGUCGAAAUACAAUUCAGAGAUAUUCCGAGGGGACAGGACGCCGUCUUCGUCGACUCAAAGCAGAAAGAAGAGAAGAAGGAGGUCUUUACUAAGGUAGUAAUAAGGCGACUUCCACCCAACCUGUCCAAGGACCAGCUGGAAGAACAGCUCAGUCCUCUUCCAUCCUAUGACUACUUUGAGUUUUUCCCUGCUGAUCAAAGCCUCUAUCCACACCUGUUCUCCAGAGUUUACAUUAACUUCAGAAACCCCGAAGACAUCCUGCUCUUCAGAGACCGCUUUGAUGGCUAUGUUUUCAUUGAUAACAGAGGCCAGGAGUACCCAGCUGUGGUAGAGUUUGCCCCCUUUCAGAAAGUCUCCAAGAAGAAGCUCAAAAAGAAAGAUUCCAAAGCUGGAAGCAUUGAAGAAGACCCGGAGUACCGGCGGUUUCUGGAGAACUACUCCUGUGAUGAGGAGAAGUCCAUGGCCAACCCUGAAACCCUGCUGGGAGAGAUAGAGGCCAAGACAAAGAAACUCAUAGCCAAAAGAACAACACCUCUUCUGGAGUACAUCAAGAAUAAGAAACUUGAGAAGCACAGGAUAAGAGAAGAGAAGAGAGAGGAGCGUCGACGCAGGGAGCUGGAGAAGAAACGGCAGAGGGAGGAGGAAAAGAGGAAACGGAGGGAGGAGGAGAGACGCAAACGCAAGGAGGCGGAUAAACAGAAGAAACUAUCGGAGAAGGAGAUCAAGAUCAAGCUCCUGAAGAAGAGUGACUGGGACGAUGAUGUGGACUCUGACAGGCUCAAGGACAAAGGAGACAGUGGGGACACAGAGAGGGCCAAGUGGGACAAACCCAGUGGACACAUGAAGUCAAAGGAAACCAAGGACCCGGGUCAGAUGGAGAGCGAUAAGGAGCAGAGAGAGCACGGCCGCAGGCAGAGAGACAAAGACCACAGAGGAAGAGACGAGGAGAGGAAACGACAGCGCCACCACUACGAGUUCGACAAGUCCAUGCGGUGCAAGGAGGAUACCAAUUGGGGUAAAGGCUACUGCCAGGACCGGGCAAAGAAAGAUGGCCAAUACCACAGCUCCUACUCCUAUGACACGUGCGACAAGGUGGGCAAGGAGGCCAGAGAGGACAUUGGCGGUAGCAGGAAGGACCGCGUCCGGAACAAGGUGAGCGACAAGGCCUGUGUCUCUCAGUCUGUGUUAACCUAUCAGGACAGAAGGAUGUCCCAGUCAGAGGGGCCACACCAGAUACGAGGGGCUCUGCCAAACAAGGACCGGCCUGCCAUGCAGCUCUACCAGCCAGGCGCACACAAUCGCAAGCGCGUGAGCUCUGCGAUGAAAGGUUAUGAGCUUCCCAUGAACCGCUCGCCAGAACACGCGACGGCGGACCACUGCUACGAGGCCGUCGCCAUGGAAACGGGCUCGGAAAAGAGCGGAGACGAGUAGUCCAGUCUGUCUACUCUGAUAAGCCUUUCACAAUAUUUACGCCUAUGAAUUAUGAAGCCUUUAUGUGCUGGUUUUGAUUAUAUAAAUGCUUCAAAACUCACAAAAAGUGACGUGAGCUGAUGAAGAUGAUCUCAUAGAACCCCUGUUUACCACAGAAUUAUUUUUUUUCCGUUUAUGAAAAAAAAAAAAACAUUAACUUCUCCAUAGGCUUUGACGAGCCAUGGCGGAGUUAUUAGUGCCUACAAAAACACGACAUUACUAUUGCUCUCUAUCGGGCUGCCAGAUUGUAGGCUUGUGUGUUACUAGACGGGCAUGCAUGCACAAGGCUUUGGGGUUGAUGGAGCUGCACUCGCCGUUGAAAUCAUUUAAACUUUACAACGAUUCUGGGUCAAACCUUUGCGCAAAUAAUUUCAAAAGGAUUUGAAGAUUGGGUCACCCAUGAUUGGGGUAGGAGAGUAACAAAGGUCAAUCAUUCCCAAUACAUAAUGGAAACCUUUUCAUCUUGUUCUCCUUUGUUGUAUUCUGUACAUCACAGAGAAUUUCUUCUGGACGCGAUUAGAUUGUGUUUUGUCAAGCAUGACGGGACUGAAGCUAAAGGAAGUUGUUUGUUUCUUGUGUGUUAUUCCCAUGUUGUGUCACCCCUGGGUACAAUAGCACAGUCAUUUGUACGCAUUUAUUAUGGAUCCCCAUCAAGCUGCUACUCUUCCUGGGGUCUGGAAAAAUUAAGGCAGUUAUACAUAAAAAUAAAUAGAAUACAUUUAUAACAGGUUUCACAACACACUACGUGUGUGCCCUCAGGCCCCUACUCCACUACCACAUAUCUACAACACAAAAUCAUGUGUACGUGUAUGUAUAGUGUGUAUGUUAUCGUGUGUGUGUGUGCGCAUGUGUCUGUUCCUAUGUGGGUGUUGCUUCACAGUCUCCUCUGUUCCAUAAGGUGUAUUUCUAUCUUCUUUUUAAAUCUACUGCUUGCAUCACACGCAAGCCUACAUCAGUUAACUGAUGUGGAAUAAAGUUCCAUGUAGUCAUUGCUCUAUGUAUAAGGGCACAAGGCGAGACCCAAAUGCCGACACAGGAGGAAGAUGGUAGAGCACCGAUAUUUAUUAUAACAAAGGGAGUAGGCAAAGGCAGGUCGGGGACAGGCGAGAGUUCAUACACCAGGUCAGAGUCCAAACAGUACCAGAUGAUAGGCAGUCUCGAGGUCAGGCCAGGCGGUGGUCAGAAACCAGGCCCGAGUCCAAAACAGUACAAGGGGAUAGGCAGGCUUGUCACAGCCUACUAGGAGUGGUGGGUUGGAAUCAAGCGCAGAGAGCAGAGUUCGGUAAAUCACGCCAACAUACAGGGCGCAUAAAACAGUCCAGCCCCAAACACAGGACCAAACAGUCCGGAGAAUACAAACAUGAAACCAAAACCAACAGAGUUACAAAAAACAAUCCCGCACAAAAGAAGGGCGGGUCAAACUACUACAUAUAGGGAAGCUAAUUAAACCAAAAUACACACAGGUGAAACUAAUAAGACAAAACCAACAGACAAACAAAAAAGGGAUCGGGAGCUGGGGUUGCCCCGUCAGGAAGUCCAGGACCCAGUUGCACAGGGCGGUGUUCAGGCCCAGGGUCUCAAGCUUAAUGAUGAGCUUGGAGGGUACUAUGGAGUUGAAUGCUGAGCUAUAGUCAAUGAACAGCAUUCUUACAUAGGUAUUCCUAUUGUCAUGAUGGGACAGAGCAGUGCGAUGGCGAUUGCAUCGUCUGUGGAUCUAUUGGGGCGGUAAGCAAAUUGAAAUGGGUCUAGGUUGUCAGGUAGGGUGGAGGUGAUGUGAUCCUUAGCUAGCCUCUCAAAGCACUUCAUGAUGACAGAAGUGAGUGCUAUGGGGCGAUAGUCAUUUAGUUCAGAUACCUUUGCUUUCUUGGCUACAGGAACAAUGGUGGACAUCUUGAAGCAAGUGGCGACAGCAGACUGGGAUAGGGAGAGUUUGAGUAUGUCCGUAAACACUCCAGCCAGCGGGUCUGCGCAUGAUCUAAGGACGCGGCUAGGGAUGCCGUCUGGGCCGGAAGCCUUGCAAGAAUGAAGACAUGUCAUUGUUUUUAUGAGAAGUGUUCCUGAGGCAGCACAUUAUAUGGCGGUUUCCCGGGCACAGAUGAAGCUUUGUCCUGGCCUAAGAAGCUUGGUCAAUAGAGAAGCUUUAUAGUCCAGCGUUAAGAUGAAACUGUCCGGGAAACCGUCCCUAUGUGUCUGUCUACUACCUGCCUGUGAGGGAAUACUACCUCCUCAUCCACAGAGAUCAUAUUUGACAUGCCUUUUUUGUGAUUCCAUUUGACUGGUAUUUUUAAAAGAAAGUCUAUAGAUUUUAUCACAUAGAAAAUAUACAAAGUAGUGACAAUUGUAUUUAAGAAAUUCUAAAUGUAUUUUCAGUGUUGGAUGUAGAAUCUGUAAACCAAAUCAUUUGUGUGUGUGUGUUUCAGCAUUUAAGUGUGAUAGGAGACGGAGAGGAGAAUGUUUAGGUUGUCAACAAUAUGCUUUGUCAAUUCUCUUGUAUAAUGUGACUAACGACAAUUCUUACAUAAUCCUGUUUCUAGAUGUCGUAGACUGCAGCUAUUUGUGAUAGGAAACACAAGGUGACUCGAGCCAUCUAUUAUUAAGCAGUAUUUCACACUUGAGCCAAGAAGAACAUAACUUUGAUAUUCAUCAUAAUUUACCACCAUGAAGAGAAGGCAAAAUAACAUUGCAGGUGCUGAGUUUGAUGCUGUUGAAAGUCUCAGCGUUUUCUACACUGUUCUGUUGGAUUCAGCUGAUGCCUGAACUGAGAUUGGAAACGAAGUGAAAUCAGAUUCUUGUUAGCUGUAAUAGACACCUUCCUUCUGUUUUUUGUUUGUUUUCAUGAAGAGAUUUGAAAAAUAGUUAUAUAAAACUAUCCAAUAAAGAUGUCUUUUUUGGGGGAAAAAAAAGGAUGACUGCUACUUUAUGGCUAGCAGUACACUUAUCUUGAAAUUUCUAUGAAUAUCCUCUUCAUAAUAGGUACAUUUUAAUGCCUCGUGGGCUAUGCAUACUACUGGCAUUAUCAUGCACAAUUUAGGUGCGAAGCUGCUCUGUUAAUAAAGCAUUUUUGAGCAGGCAGCAGGUUUAGGAAGCAACGUGUUGUAAUCCAUAUUCUGAAAUGAAACAUUGUUACAAAGCCGUAUUCACAUUUUAUUACUCGAGGCAUCAUUGCCAUGCAGUGAGCUCCAAAAGUAUUGGGACAGUGACACAUUUUUGGGACUUGAAAUGACUGAGGUUAAAGUGCAGACUGUCAGCUUUAACUUUAAGGUACACUACAUGGCCAAAAAUAUGUGGACAACCCUUCAAAUUUGUGGAUUUGGCUAUUUCAGCCACACCCAUUGCUUACAGGUGUAUAAAAUUGAGCACACCACCAUGCAAUCUUCAUAGCCACACAUUGGCAGUAGAAUGGCCCAUACUGAAGAGCUCAGUGACUUUCGUCAUAGGAUGCCACCUCUCCAACAAGUCAGUUAAUCAGAUUUCUGCGCUGCUAGAGCUGCCAUGGUCAACCGUAAGUACUGCUAUUGUGAAGUGGAAACAUCUAUGAGCAACAAAGGCUCAACCGUGAAGUGGUAGGACACAAGCUCACAGAACAGGACUGAUGAGUGCUGAAGCGUGUAAAAAUAGUCUGUCCUAGGUUGCAGCACUCACUACAGAGUUCCAAACUGCAUCUAGAAGCAAGGCUUCU